UUGAUGCUUGUAACAUAUUAAAAGCAAACGGAAGUAUAAAGUAUUCUGUUCAAGACGAGUGGCAGCUGACAACACCCCUCACAGCAGUAGUUGACACAAAUAUUGACCGCAAUAAAGCCAGCUUCCAGCAGGGAGAUGCUUGCAAUCUGCCGCUUGACCUGGGUCAGUUUGGUUGUGUUGUAGCUGCCAAUCUCAUAUGUCGGUUGCAUACGCCUAUGGACUUUCUGAAUCGUCUGUCGAGUUUGGUUGCACCAGGUGGAUUUCUGUUACUCACGUCACCAUUCACAUUUAGUGUUGAAUAUACACCAAAGAAAAACAUGCUUGGAGGAUAUAAAGAUAAAGAUGGAAAUCCAGUGUGGGCUUCGAAUACGUUACAAAAAGUCUUGGAAUUGGACUUUGAACUACUUGAAAGCAAAGAAAUGCCAUUCUUUAUACGAGAGACUGCACACAAAAACCAGUGGACUGUUGCAUAUGCCAUGAUAUGGAAGAGGAAAGAAUGAAACUUAUUCAUUCAGACAGAAUCAUAAGAUAUUGUAUUCUAGUUAAAUAUUCGCCUGGGUUUACUUUACAAUAGUAACCAUAUUUUUGCAUAUAUAUUUAUGAACAUUUUGAUUUUACGUAUUACUGCUGGCAAUAAAAUCACAAAUGUGAGGUCUCACUACAAAAUGAGUCUCAUCGUUAGAAAAUCCAAAAAUGAGUUAAUAUUACACUUUGGUAGAUCACAUUAUAGACUUUAAUUUGGUCUUUGAAUGGCUUCCCUAGGAUAAA